CCAGUUUUCAUGAUGUUGCAACUGCUCAGGAACAAACGAUGUAGGCUAGCAAUCAGCCAUUUAAAACGCCUCCAUCAUAAGGCUGUGCUGGCACUCAGGCGAGAAGAUGUAAAUGCGUGGGAAAGGAGGGCACCUUUAGCCCCAAAGCACAUCAAAGGAAUCACCAAUUUGGGAUAUAAGGUGCUUGUUCAACCUUCAAAUCGGAGAGCUAUUCAUGAUAAGGAAUAUGUCAAAGCUGGUGGCAUUCUUCAGGAAGAUAUUUCUGAGGCUUGCCUCAUUGUGGGAGUGAAGAGGCCACCAGAAGAAAAAUUAAUGCCUAAGAAGACUUAUGCAUUCUUCUCUCACACAAUCAAGGCUCAGGAAGCAAAUAUGGGCUUGUUGGAUGAAAUUCUGAGACAGGAAAUCCGACUUAUUGAUUAUGAGAAAAUGGUUGAUCAUAAAGGAACACGUGUGGUGGCCUUUGGGCAAUGGGCAGGUGUGGCAGGGAUGAUCAACAUUUUACAUGGAAUGGGCUUAAGGUUCCUUGCGCUGGGACAUCACACACCUUUUAUGCAUAUUGGUAUGGCCCAUAACUACAGGAAUAGCAGUCAGGCUGUGCAAGCUGUACGUGAUGCUGGCUAUGAAAUUUCUCUGGGAUUGAUGCCCAAGUCUAUAGGACCUUUAACAUUUGUGUUCACUGGCACUGGUAAUGUGUCUAAGGGUGCCCAGGAGAUCUUCAAUGAGCUCCCUUGUGAGUUUGUGGAGCCACAUGAGUUAAGAGAAGUUUCCCAAAAUGGAGAUCUCAGGAAAGUGUAUGGGACAGUGUUAAGUCGACAUCAUCACCUUGUCAGGAAAAGAGAUGGGGUGUAUGACCCUGCAGAAUAUGACAAGCAUCCUCACCUCUACACAUCUCGCUUUAACACUGAUAUUGCCCCAUAUACUACUUGUUUAAUUAAUGGAAUCUACUGGGAGCAAGAUACACCUCGGCUGUUGAGCCGCCAAGAUGCCCAGAAGCUCCUUGCCCCAGUCAAAACUUCAGUUGCUGCUGUUGAGGGUUGCCCUUCAUUGCCCCACAAGCUUAUGGCCAUAUGUGACAUUUCAGCCGACACUGGUGGGUCUAUAGAAUUUAUGACAGAGUGUACGACAAUAGAUAGUCCCUUCUGUAUGUAUGAUGCUGACCAGCAUAUUAUUCAUGACAGUGUUGAAGGCUCUGGGAUACUUAUGUGUUCCAUUGACAAUUUACCAGCCCAGCUCCCAAUUGAAGCUACAGAAUACUUUGGAGAUAUGCUUUUCCCCUAUGUUGAAGAAAUGAUAUUAUCAGAUGCGACUCAGCCUCUUGAAAGUCAGAAUUUCUCUCCAGUUGUCCGAGAUGCAGUGAUUGCAUCCAAUGGAUCAUUGCCUGAUAAGUAUAAAUAUAUCAUGAAACUCCGGGAGAGCAGGGAGCGUGCACAGUUGCUUUCAAUGGACAACACGAAGAAAGUGUUGCUACUUGGAACUGGCUAUGUGUCUGAACCAGUACUAGAAUACCUUUCUAGAGAUGGCGGCAUUGAAAUAACAGUAGGCUCAGAUAUGAAGAAUCAGCUUGAGCAUUUGGCCAAGAAAUACAACAUUAACCCCAUUGUUUUGAAUAUUGGCAAGCAAGAGGAGAGACUGGCCAGCUUGGUAAAGAAACAAGACCUUGUGAUCAGUUUGCUACCUUAUGUAUUACAUCCUCUUGUGGCCAAGGCAUGUAUUGCCAGCAAAGUGAAUAUGGUCACUGCCAGCUAUAUCACACCAGCCAUCAAGGAACUGGAGAAAAGUGUGGAUGAAGCUGGCAUCACAUUAAUUGGAGAGUUGGGAUUAGACCCUGGUCUUGACCAUAUGUUGGCCAUGGAAACAAUUGAUAAAGCUAAAGAAGUAGGAGCCACGAUUGAAUCUUAUGUCUCUUUUUGUGGUGGCUUGCCAGCACCAGAGCAUUCGGAUAAUCCUUUGAGAUACAAAUUCAGCUGGAGCCCAGUUGGAGUCUUAAUGAACAUACUGCAACCUGCUAAAUAUCUACUCAAUGGAGAGGUGGUUGAUGCUGGUGGGGCAUCUUUUCUUGAUUAUGUCAGUUCUAUGGAUUAUUUCCCAGGAUUAAAUUUGGAAGGUUACCCCAACAGAGAUAGUAUCAAGUAUGCAGAGAUUUAUGAUAUUCCAUCUGCUCAUACUUUGCUGCGAGGGACUCUAAGAUAUAAGGGAUAUGCCAAAGCUUUGAAUGGAUUUGUGAAACUGGGUCUCAUCAAUAGAGAUGCAUACCCUGCCCUUAGUCCUGAGGCCUCACCUAUCACCUGGAAAGAACUACUCUGUGAGUUGGUUGGGAUUUCACCUUCCUCCUCUCCUGAUGUACUUAAGGAAGCUGUCUACAAGAAACUGGAUGGGGAUGAUAUUCAGUUGCAGGCCAUAGAAUGGUUUGGUUUAUUUGGUGAUGAACAAGUCCCCAGAGCGGGGUCUCUAGUGGAUGCCUUCUCUAAACAUUUGGUGAUGAAACUUUCCUAUGGUCCUGGAGAAAAAGAUAUGAUUGUAAUGAGAGACAGUUUUGGUAUACGGCAUCCUUCUGGUCAUCUAGAACACAAAAAUAUUGAUCUUGUUGUAUAUGGUGAGGUCAAUGGAUUUUCAGCCAUGGCUAAGACAGUUGGUUUGCCAGCAGCCAUGGCCGCCAAGAUGAUACUAAAUGGAGAAAUUAAAGCAAAAGGCCUAAUUGGGCCUUUUACAAAGGAGAUCUAUGGACCAAUAUUGGAGCGUAUUAAAGCAGAAGGCAUCAUAUACACAGUUCAAAGCACCAUCAAGCAGUAAUUGAGAAAAACAAACAGUAUAAUUAUAUCUACCGGGGGUAAAACUUACCAAAGAGUCCCAAACCUUUGUGCCAUUAGCAUGCUUCCAAAUGUACUUUUUUCUGCUAUUAUGUACAAUGACAUAUUUUUGAUUAAGUGAAAGGAGUAAUAGUUGUGAAAAUGCAAUUCCAUUUUUCAUGCCAAUUCUUUGAUACAUGAAAUUCUACUAAUUGUUAGAGAAUGUAAUGUUUUUUAACCAUGGAUUCCUUCCUCUGUAUAUAUAAAAAUGAAGAUAAAAUAGAUCUUCAUUAAUUUAUUGUACAUUUUUGCUGAAUCUUUUAGGAAUUCAUUUCUCUAGGUAUAUGAGCAUAUAUUUUUCCAGUUGGGGGUUUUUAGCCAGAACAUUUUUCCUGUUUGCAACCAUAUUUUUAUAUUUUUUCAAGUCAACUGAAUUGGUUUUAGAUUACCUAUCUAUAAAACUUUUAGGUAAUGCUAUUUUUAGAUUUCAUUUAAAGACUUAUAUUCUCACUAUAAACAUCCCUUAUUGUUGUGUAACUGAGGAGAUAGAUCCAGAGGAAGAUCAGGAGAGUUCUCAAAUUCAAACAGCUUAGUGGAAGAGCCCAUGCUAGAAUGCAUGUCUUGUGGCUUCUUGUCUCAAUUCUUCCUUUUUCUCUAUUAUACCUGCCCAUGGGAUGUUUCAUUAUGCCCAAUUCUCUGUUUAGUAUAAUUCAU